CAAAAAGUCAGAAGGGAUGUUUUCUUCUUCCCUCUUGGUAAGGUAGCUUCUUGAAAAUAAUCUGAUAGGGAGUGAGAGAAGAGAGGUGAAGUCUUUGUGUGUGCAAGAAUAGAAAAUAGAAAACAUAAGAAAGAAAAAAGCUCGGUGAAUAUAGGACAACUUCAGGAAAGGUACGACUGGAAAGCAGAAAAGUGCCAAGAAGUCAUAAAGAGGGAAGUCAGUCAGGUACAGAGCAGUCUGCUCUUCUCAGUGGGGCCAGGAUUUCCAGCCCACCCUUUCACAUCAUGAUCUUAUGGGUCCUUACUGCAUUUGCCAUGAUUCAGCUUGCCAGUCUAACAGAAAAGAAAAUUUCAGUACAACAGAGACUCCUGCACACAGCAGGGAACAAAAGUGCCACAAUAUUCUGCAACUACACAUCUAAGAGUAACGAAAUAACAUCAUUCAAAGUCUUGCUGCGUAAAGGAAUAGAGAGGGCAGAAGUUUGCUCAGUUUACUGGGACAGCACCCGUAAUAUUACCAAAUAUAACAAAAGCAUGGAAUUCAGCUGCCAAGUUACAGUCAACAAACAAGAAAAGGAAGUAAUCUUUAACCUGCAGAACCUACAUGUCAAUCAGACAGACAUUUACACUUGCAAAAUUGAGAUCUUAAACCCAGCGCCUUAUGAAUGGAGUGAAAGCCUUGGAACUUUGGUUCACGUGAUAGCCCCAGAAUCUCAGUGUCACCCAGGACCAGAAUUCAUGGGUGUUGCUGCAGCGAUUGCAGUCCUUGUUUGUUAUAGUAUCCUAAUGACAGCAGCUUUUUGCCACUGUUGGUUGAAAACCAAGAAGAAUAAGAUUAUUCGGAAUGAUUAUUUCAACAUGACUCCGUGGCAAUCUAAUGGUCCGAAGAAGAGGCAUCAACCACCAGGCGUCCCAGCAAGGAACUACACUGCAUACCGCUCGUGGGAGCCCUGACCAUUGGUAGCACAUUCAGUCCGUUCUCUAAAGUGGGGAAUAUGAAAAAAAACAUUUCAUCCUUAGCUCAGUGUGGCUGUUGCCGAUAGUCACCAAUACCCACAAGAAAAGAGGUUCUUAGCACAGUGAAGGAUAAAAACUAUAAGUUAUAUUUCAAACUGAUGGUAGAAAAGAAGAAAAACUGACAUUGGAUUGUAGAUACAGUCACAUAAACCUGUCACUGUCCUUUUUAAGCAAAUACUGGUUCCAUCUGCAUUACUGAUCUCUGUUGAUGGCUUUUGUCUUAAGAGAAUGUGUAUAAAUUGUACCAAAGCUCUGGCAAAUCUACUAAGGUAAAAUUACGUGGCCUUUCAUGUCAAAGAGGACGCAAUGAAUAGAGAGUUUAAAACAGAUGCUUAAUAGAUCAGGAGCAUCCAGAUAAGUUGCCCCAGUACUAUAAAGACCAUCAUAGUAUUGUAAGAGACAUGUGUAAUUAGUUGGAUAGCUUUGCCAUGUAAUUCUGUACAGAACUCCCCCUUCCACUCCACCCAUGAACAAAGUCUUCAUGCUGCUAAAACAAUCUCCAUGCCGUUUCUGGGAGAGCCUUGAAGGACGGGUGGAAUGUGCAGCCAUAUGAGAGCACUCUUGAGGUUUGCAGACUUUCAUCAAGGCUUGGACAAAGUCAUAGAUGAAGGAGCAGAGAAAUUAAUCCACUGAUCCAAGUUUCAUUGGCUCCCAAUGACAUCCGUGAGAGAUAAGGACAAGAAGUAUUUGUAUUUUUUGGCAUCUGGACACUGAGAGUAUGAUAUACACAUGGUUCAAUGACCAUAGCCAAGCAAAGUCUAGAAUGAAAAAGGUUCCUCCCCACCCCAAAAUCUGGAUCAGUGAUGGCAAA